CCCCUCUCUGUUCUCGAUUGUCCUCUAGGAUAGACUCCAACCCUAACCUUAGGUCUGGUCUUCCUCCUCUUCUGAUUCGAGUUCAUCAUUUCUGCAAUCUCAGUAGGAUUUCGAAGGUAUCGGGUGAUUGGGAUUCUUUAUCGCCCUCAUGGCGACGCUCAAGGAGCUCCUCCCCGUGGCGAAAUCCACCGGCGCUUCCCACUAUGACCACUAGAAGGACCCAUGGUUUAAGGAGAGGUACAGCUCCUCCUCAGAUCCCUCCCGAUCCUCCGUGGUCAAGCCUACACCAGUCCCGCCCUAUGGUAAGCGCUCGGGCUUCGUUCCUCGGAAGCCGGAGGACUUCGGCGAUGGGGGUGCCUUCCCUGAAAUCCAUGUUGCCCAGUACCCACUCGGCAUGGGCAGGAAGGACGAGAAGCCCGGCUCUAAGAUCCUUCCCCUCACUGUCGAUUCCCAGGGGAAUGUGGCAUUUGAUGCGAUCGUGAAGCAGAACGAGAAUGCAUCAAAGAUUGUGUACUCCCAGCAUAAAGAUCUUGUCCCGAAGUUGGUGUUAGAAGAAGAGAAGCAUGAGGAAGAGUUUGAGAAGGAGAUCGAGGAGACUACCGAACGGACAAAGGCUGCUUUGGAGAAGAUUGUUAAUGUUAGGCUGAGUGCUGCACAGCCGAAGAAUGUCCCCAUCCAGUCAUCAGAAUCGAAGUUUAUCAAGUACAAACCCUCCCAGCAAUCUGCAGCGUUCAAUUCUGGUGCGAAAGAAAGGAUCAUUCGGAUGGUUGAGAUGCCUGUGGACCCACUUGAGCCCCCCAAGUUCAAGCACAAGAGGGUCCCGAAGGCAUCAGGUUCUCCUCCAGUGCCAGUCAUGCACUCCCCACCUCGUCCUGUCACCGUGAAGGAUCAGCAAGACUGGAAGAUUCCACCUUGCAUCUCGAAUUGGAAGAACCCGAAAGGUUACACGAUCCCCUUGGACAAGCGUUUGGCUGCUGAUGGAAGGGGUCUUCAGGAAGUGCAGAUAAAUGACAACUUUGCGACAAGAAUAUGCUUGAUGAUGAUAUCAGAGUGGAGCCCCAUGAGUAGCGGAAGGAGACUAGGGAGGAAAGGGAAGAGAGGCUGCAGCGUGAUAAGAUUC